CCACUAUUUAACCUCCAUUCAUCUCUGAUCGUCUCUUGUUAUUUUUCUCUCUCUUCAUUUAUUUAUCUGCUUCCUCGCCUUUAUAUCGUCGUCACUGCAGGACAGUAGCACUUCUGAUGUGUCUCUACUAUUAUUAUUAUUAUUAACGACGACUGACACUAAUAUAUAUAUAUAUAUAUAUAUAUAUAUAUAUAUAUAUACACACACACACACAUAUUUUUAUUUACACUUUACUUUCGAUUCUGCCCUUUCGAGAAACGGAACAACCACCAACCAACACUGCUAACAUCAAUAGCAACAUCAACCAUAAACCAUCAGCUACCAACACCCUAUCGUCAACAUUAGCAUCAAGCAUCGUCUCUACCCCAACUGUUAUCCUUGUCGCGGUAUGUGUCGAGGAGAUGUUUUGGCUAUUCAGCGUGUCCUAACGUAACACUGACCUCGCCUACACCAGCAGUCAUCUACAAAGAUGUCGGCUAACGAAAAGAAUAACAAUGGGACUGCAGGAUCAUCAUCACCACCAUCAGCAUCAUCAACGUCGUCGUCAUGGUUGCAAAGACAAGAAGAAUCCGUACAAACCAAACCAAUUGAGUUGCCAUCUGAAAAAGUCUUCAAAAAUCUGAAGAAUGUGCAACGCAUUGCCAUAGAUAUCGGAGGUUCUUUAGCCAAAAUUGCUUACUGUUCUCUGGUUCAUCAGAAAGCAUUCUUAGUAUCUGAGGAAGUGCCCAACAAGUCCACCAGUAUCUACGAAGUCUCAGAAACCGAUGAGUAUGUCCCACGUCUAUAUUUCAUUCAAUUUGAAACCAAAUAUAUCGAAACCUGCAUUGAUUACGUACGAGAGAAUAUUCUCAAGAGCACCAAUGCCCUGAAGACCAAAAGUAUUAAGGCUACUGGUGGGGGUUCCUGGAAGCACAAGGAACUUAUUGAGAAGAAAUUAGGUCUAGAACUUUCAAUGGAAAAUGAAGUGAAUUGCCUAAUUAAGGGCUGUAAUUUCCUGUUGAAGAACAUUCCAGAUGAGGCCUUUAUUUUCCAAAGAAACCAAGAUCCUGAGUGUAAGUUCCAAGGAGUCGACUCGGUCCUUUAUCCUUUCUUGCUGGUCAACAUUGGCUCCGGUGUAAUUAUUACCAAGGUUGAAUCAGAGAAUAAAUACGAAUGGGUCGGAGGAACAGCCACUGGUGGCGCCACCUUUUGGGGUCUUGGUUCAUUACUUACCAAAGGAAAGAGCUUUAAUGAGUUGCUACUUCUGGCUGACGAAGGCAACAGCCAAAAUGUGGAUAUGUUGGUGAAAGACAUCUAUGGAUUAAAUACUACAGCCCUUAACUUACCUGCUGAACUACUGGCCAGUAGCUUUGGUAAAGCUCCUUACCUGAGGCACAAUAUAACAGAUGAUGCAGCUUACAAGUCAGCCGAUGCAAUCUCCAGCCUCCUCUUUCUCAUCUGCAACGACAUUGGACAGAUUUCAACUCUCUAUGCAGAACUGCAUCACUGCAGUAAGAUCUACUUUGGUGGUGGAUUCAUCCGCAGUAACCCACUAACCAUGCACAUACUCAGCGGUUCCAUCAAAUAUUGGUCCAAGGGAAAGGCUGAAGUGUUGUUUCUCCGUCACGAAGGCUACCUUGGUGCCGUUGGAUCUUUCCUCAUUGGUGCAGAAGAAGACGAUGAUGAAAACUAUGUCUGGGGUGAAAAUCUGGCUAAUAAUUCCGGUCUGACAAGUCCCAGAGAGAUAUGUAACCGGACAAAGAGCUGUACGUUUGAAAGUUUUGAAUUGGAAUGUCUGGAGUGUGAACUUACACCUUGUCCACUUAUUUUGGACAUCAGCUCCUACAGACCCGAUACGGUUGACCUGACAGAAGAUUCCUCUGCUCGCAAUUACUGGCUGAAAUGUUUUGCCCAGGUGGUGGACAAGAUAACAGACCAGGCUGUGAAAAGCCAGGAUAAAAGAAAUGAUGCCGUGGAACGAGCAGAGAAAUUCAAAGCGAAAUAUCUUCACAGAUUAAAAGAGCUCGACGAGAACCCAUGUGCUUAUGGAUCUCUCACUGUGCGCUGCCUUUUGGACACAAUUGGACACUUCCUCAAGGAAUUCAUGUUCACGGAUGCUUAUUCACAGUUAAAACUGUCUGAAAAUGAAUUAUCUCUUCGACACCUGGUUGAUCGUUUGAACACAUUAGACAACGAAAAAUAUGAAGAGCGGAUGUUUUCACUGGUGAAAGGUGUCCUGGCUGGCAAUAUGUUCGACUGGGGUGCCAAAGAAGUGGUGGACAUCAUGGAAACACAAAACUUUGGAUUUGCCGAAGCCAUGAAUAAAAUUCAAGGUUAGAAUAUAUAUCGUUGCUAUUAUGCAAAAUUGU